UAUACUACUAUAGUAUUACACUUGCCCCAACUCAACUCAGGGAAGCUUCAUCACCUCUUCAAACCCCACUCCCAAUCCCACUCAGUCCCUCUCUCCCCCUCUCUCUCUCUCCUUCCCCACACACAAACAGCCACUCGUCACCUCCCCCACCCUCCGGUUCAUGUCCUGUUGCUCCCCAUGUCGCCCCCACUCGAGCUCGACUACAUAGGCCUCUCGCCGCCGGCGGCAGCAGCCGCCGGUUCCUCCGACGAUCUGAAGGGCACCGAGCUCCGCCUCGGUCUGCCGGGUUCCGAGUCACCGGACCGCCGCGUGCCGGUCGCCGCCGCUGCGACCACCCUAGACCUGCUCCCAGCCAAGGGCGCCAAGCGCGGGUUCUCCGACGAGGCUCCUCCACCGCCGCCCGCUGCCGCUGCCGGGAAGGGCAAGAAGGUGGCGGAGGAAGAGGAGGACAAGAAUGUGGCAGCGACCCCGCAUCCGGCCGCGAAGGCUCAGGUGGUGGGAUGGCCACCAAUCCGCAGCUACCGCAAGAACACGAUGGCGACCAACCAGCUGAAGAGCAGCACUGAGGAUGUUGAGGCCAAGCAGGGCCAGGGGUUCCUCUACGUCAAGGUCAGCAUGGAUGGCGCGCCGUACCUUAGGAAGGUCGACCUCAAGACUUACAAGAACUACAAGGACCUCUCGAUCUCACUCGAGAAAAUGUUCAGUGGCUUCACUACUGGCAAGGAUGGCUUAUCUGAGAACUGCAAGGAUGGUGAAUAUGUUCUGACUUAUGAAGACAAGGAUGGAGAUUGGAUGCUCGUUGGUGACGUCCCAUGGGAGAUGUUUGCUGAUUCUUGUCGUAGGCUCAGGAUCAUGAAAGGUUCAGAUGCUAUUGGACUUGCUCCAAGAGCAGCUGAUAAGUCCAAGAACCGCAACUAGAAUGGUUGCUUCCUACAGUCAAAAGCAAGUUGGAGAUCCAAUGACUGUAGGGCUCUUUCUGAAAACCGAAAAGUCUAACUGUUUUAAGAUAAAUUCUGCAUUACGGUCUGUACCACAUGGUUUGCAGUUACGCAAGAACACCCUGUCUCAUUAUGUUAGCUUCGCAAAAAUCUUCUAUGGACUUCUAUUCGAUUGUGUCCAAGUCUUUGUAUUUGUGCUAUUCCUAUUCGUGUAAAUGGUUUGGUACAAUGUACGCUACUAAUAUGAUUGUGCACUCCUACCUAUUUUGCAAAA